AUGCCUCCUCCGCCUCCCCCGCCUCCUCCGAUGCCCGGUAUGGGCGGCCCUCCCCCUCCUCCUCCACCACCAGGAGGACCUCCAGGGGGCGGUAGUCUACCGUCGAGACCAUCAGGUGGAGGAGCAAACAGAGGUGCCCUGCUAUCCGAUAUCACCAAAGGCAAAGCGCUCAAGAAAGCCGUUACGAACGAUAGAUCAGCGCCUGUCGUUGGAAAGGUAUCAGGCGGUGGAGGAGGACCGCCGAUUGGAGGUGCACCGCCAGUACCAGGUAUGGGCGGUGCUCCCAAACCCCCAGGAGGCCUCGCACCUCCAGUGCCAGGAAACAGAGCUAGGAGCAACAGUGACCAGAGCGGACGGGAUAAUGCGCCGGCACCGGCUGUUGCGGAUUCCGCACCACAGCUGGCUGGGCUGUUUGCCGGAGGAAUGCCCAAGCUGCGCAAGACUCGUGGUGCGGUCGACACGGGCGCCGCUGCCGACUCGUCGUAUCUGUCGGAUCCCGAGAAUAACAUGCGGUCAUCUUCUGCGCCCAAGACCUCCUCUUCCGCCUCCAGGCGCUCCAGCACUACCGCCCUCUAUCGCCCAUUUGCGCAAGACGCCGAGCGAUGUACCCAGGCCAAGCUCGUCAGCAUCCAUGAAGGGGCCUCCGCCUCCUAUUGGGAAGAAGCCACCACCUCUACCAGCAUCCCGGAAGCCCUCUACGGCGCCAUCGAACAACCCUCCUCCGCUGCCUGGUGCGCCUGCUCCUGGAGCUCCUCCUCCACCUCCUCCAUCUGCUGCCCCGGCACCUCCACCGUCAGCACCUCCUUCAGCGCCACCACCGCCCCCUGCUGCUGCCGCACCUCGAGCACCAGCUCCCUCACCCCCUUCCCGUUCUCCAGCGCCUCCCCCUCCUCCACCCGCUUCAAACGGACCGUCGCCUCUUGCAAUGCAAGCUGCCCUACGAGCAGCUGGACAGGCAUCACCCAGUGCUGCUCCCCCGCCACCCCCGUCUGCGGCGCCUUCGCCUCCCGCGGCCGCACCCUCGCCGCCGGCCGCUCCCCCUUCACGGGCCCGGUCCGGGUCUGGACUUCGCUCAUCUAUGCUGGACCCUAG